AUGAAAUUUUACAGGCAUUGUCGCGUUGUUUUCGGCGUUUCAUCAAGCCCCUUCUUAUUAAAUGCCACGAUUAAAUUUCAUCUUGAAUCGCAGGAAUUCCAAUCAAUAGUCCUGCAAAACACGAUCAAUCGAAUGAAAGAAGGAUUUUAUGUAGACAACUUAGUCACGAGUGUGAAUACCAGCGAAGAACUGGAACAAUUAAAAUCGCAAGCUAUAGAAGUAAUGCAAAAGGGUUCCUUUGAAUUGAGAUGCUGGGCUUACAGUGGAAUUGAAGAAAGUAUAGAUCAGAAUGUACUUGGCCUGAAAUGGGACACUCAUGCAGAUAAACUUUAUUGUGCUGGCUGUAAAACGACUUCGGAAAAGGUCCUUUCAAAGAGAAAGCUUCUCUCUGUAGUUAACAGCAUAUACGAUCCUAUUGGAUUUACGUCACCUGCAACUCUUCUUCCAAAAUUAUUGCUUCAAGAAGCUUGGAAAAACAAGAUAGGCUGGGACGACGAUCUGCCUCUAAAUAUUCAACAUAGAUAUCAACACUGGGUGAAGCAUAUUGAUCUCAUAGAACAGUGCAGAAUACCUCGUCGAUUAAUGCUAGGAACUCUUGAGAAUACAAGCCUGCAUGUCUUUACCGAUGCUUCCGCAGAUGCAUACGCUUGUUGUGUAUACUUACGCUCGGAAGAAGAAACGGGAACCUCUGUCCAAUUAAUAACUGCCAAAGUCAGAGUAGCUCCGAUGAAAAGACCGACGAUUCCACGCUUAGAGUUGCUUGGAGCUACAAUGGGUGCAAGAAUAGCAAGUACCGUUUUAGAAGCAAUACAGCAACCUUGA